AUGGGGUUCGUGGAUCCUUGGGCAACACGCACACCUGAGGAAGAGAGUGAAUUGGAAUGGAGAGAUAUUGCCCGGCAAGAACUAUGGUACGAUGCCCUGGAGGAAGUCCAGUAUCAACGGCAGCAGCGCCUUCCUGGUGUCGCAUACCGGUUGGAGGAACAAAUGGCCUGGCGGAUACCGCUUCUGGGAGACCAACCCGGAGGGCAGCAGGUCAGACAACUUGAGUACCUCGUGGAAAGGGAACUGAGCCUUGACGCCUCAUACCGGGCACUGUGGUGGUGCACUGUCCAGCCAGAGACGUGGAGGGCAGAGGGCAUCCAGCCGCAGGGGGAGAACUACACUAGCCCUGGCCUGUUGUGGAAGGCCUUAGCAGAAGACGUCGACUUUGGCAGUCCAGCAGAGUCACGGUACUGGGCUAUCUUUUAUUACCGAGGUGAGAUGGUACAGGGCCCGAGAUCUAUGGGACUGGGACAAGACCUCCACCGUUUGGCUGCCAUGGAACGACAGCUAGAGAUGGACUAUGUGGAACUACUAAACUCAUGUCAGCCACAGGGCAUGGACACAGAACAGGAAAACUGGCUGGGGGACCCAGACCUGCCAACCUACAGCUGGGAAAACGCAGCCGAGGUACCCCCUGCUUCACUACCAGCUGCAGAAGUAG